UAUCUAUGCUGACAACAGCCAAACGAGUACAACUACCACAGAACAUCCUGGCAACCUUCACUCCAUACUAUACGAAUAAGCAAGCGUUCUGGCUGUGGUCCAAGGUGUUAGGUUGGCUGGCAUUCUCAAGUGGACUAAAAGUAGAAGUUUGAUAAAUGAAAUCAUGACAACAGAAAUGAAGGAUAGCACGCAGCCACUGUUUACGUUUGGAAUAAUCGCUGACAUUCAAUACGCAGACAUCGACGAUGGCUUUAAUUUCAAACACACAAGGAAACGAUACUACAGGAACAGUAUUCGCCUAUUGCGCAAUGCACUGGAGAGGUGGAAUACAGAAAAUGUAAAGCCCCUCUUCAUCCUUCAACUCGGGGACAUUAUCGAUGGCUUUAACAAGAGGUAUAACAUGUCCGAUCAGUCCCUGAACACGGUGAUGAAAGAGUUUGAUUCUUCGCCUGCUGAAGUUCACCACGUUUGGGGCAACCAUGAGUUUUAUAACUUUAGCAGAGACACCCUACUGAGAUCAGUUCUCAACAGCAGUGUCGACUUUGAUUCGGGAGGUGGCCUUCCCAGCACGGGUGAUAUCUAUGCGUAUCAUUUUAGUCCAGCCCCCGGGUACCGAUUUAUUCUUUUGGAUGCGUAUGAUGUGAGCUUACUUGGUAGAGAGGAGUCCAGUGUGCAAUACCACCAGGCCAUUACUCUUUUAAAGGCGCACAACAAAAAUGAAGAUCUGAACCAUCCCCCAGCACUUACAGGGCUGGAGAAAAGGUUUGUGAAGUUCAAUGGAGGAUUCAGUCAAGAUCAGCUUGACUGGUUGGAAGGAGUUCUGUCAUCAGCGGAUCACAAACUGGAACGAGUCACUAUCGUCAGCCAUCUCCCUAUCCACCCCAGCUCUACAGAUCCUAUCUGCCUUGCUUGGAACUACGAUGAGCUGCUCACCAUUAUCCAGGGCCAUAAGAGUGUGGUCUGUUUCAUGGCAGGACAUGACCACGAUGGAGGGUUUCACAUUGAUCACUCUGGAGUGCACCACCUCACAUUGGAGGGGGUUAUAGAGACCCCCCCGGACAGUGACGCCUUUGGUACAGUCUCUGUGUAUGAGGACAGGAUGGUUCUAAAGGGUUAUGGAAGAACAUUUGAUAGAUUACUAAUGUAUCCAUGUUAAUGCCAAGGCGAUAUAGGCCAGUGAUUACAAUACAACCGUGUACCACUUUAAUACUUACAGAUAUUCGAUUUAGAAGGAAGACAAUACUGGGAAUACCCCUUAACAUAUUAU